CGUAUUUCAUCUUUUUUCGUGAGGCGCAUUUGCUGAAGGUGUGUGUGAGUUUGUGAUUAGCACAGAGCUGCCGCCAUGUCUAAAGAGACGCCUCGCGAGCCCGAGCAGAUGCGAAAGCUCUUCAUUGGGGGUCUGAGCUUUGAGACAACAGAUGAGAGCCUCCGGGCACAUUUUGAACAAUGGGGAACCCUGACAGACUGUGUGGUAAUGAGGGAUCCAAACACUAAGAGGUCUCGGGGCUUCGGCUUUGUAACCUACAGCUCGGUGAAUGAAGUCGAUGUGGCAAUGGACGCCCGUCCUCACAAGGUGGACGGGAGAGCAGUCGAGCCUAAAAGAGCAGUCUCACGAGAGGACUCAUGCAGGCCAGGCGCUCACUCUACGGUGAAGAAGAUCUUCGUCGGAGGAAUUAAAGAGGACACAGACGAGGAGCAUUUGCGAGACUACUUUAGCCAGUUCGGCAAAAUCGAAGAAGUGAACAUCAUGACGGAGAAGAACAGCGACAAGAGGAGGGGCUUUGCCUUCGUCACAUUUGACGACCACGACUCUGUUGACAGAAUAGUUAUUCAAAAGUAUCAUACUGUAAACGGUCACAACUGUGAAGUAAGGAAAGCGCUUUCCAGGGAAGAGAUGAACAGAGUAUCCAUGAACAAUAGGGGUGGCCGUGGAGGUGGUGGAGGAAACUUUGGUGGUCGAGGAGGUGGAGGAUAUGGAGGUGGAUACGGAGGAGGUGGACGUGGCGGAUAUGGAGGUGGAGACGGAUAUGGAAACGGCUACGGCGGAAAUGGUGCAGGUUAUGGUGGAGGUGGUCCUGGUUAUGGUGGCAACCGUGGAUACGGAGGAGGAGGAGGUGGAUAUGGAGGUGGAGGAUAUGACAACUACAACGGUGGAGGAAACUAUGGAGGAGGAAACUUCGGAGGCGGUGGUGGCGGCGGCGGUGAUUACAAUGACUUUGGCAACUACAACAAUCAGUCGUCGUCUAAUUAUGGCCCGAUAAAAGGAGGAAACUACAGCGGCGGAGGCAGGAGUGGUGGCGGUCCAUACGGCGGCGGAUACGGCGGUGGUUCCGGUGGAGGUGGUUACGGAGGCGGAUCAGGAGGAAGGAGAUUCUGAGUUUAAGGCCACAGUACUUAGGAGAGGAGAGCCAGAGAGAGGAUGAGGAUGACAGGGAAAGGAGAGAAAUGAAGGAAGCAGGUUUACACUCCUAGAAUCUGCUCAGCGAUAUUAACAUCUGCCACACACCAGGAUAUGUGUAUGAUAGAGGAGAAAGGGGGAAAAGAAAUCAUGUCGGGGUGGGGGUCAUGUGAGGUCAAAGUUGUUUUGUUUUUGUUCUGAAGUAUUUUUUAUCUUGACAACAUUAUUUUAUUGUUAGCUCUUUAGCUUAACGUUGAUGUCUGUGAAGUGUAAAUCAUUCCAUUCGAUUUUUAGAUAGGGGCUUUAUAUUUUAUUAUUUUUCCUUAUUUAUUUUUUUUUUGAUUUGGCAAAAAAAAAAAAAAUCUUAUGUAAUACUCCGUCAAUCAAGAUGAAAUAAAUCGCUCCUGAAUUUUGUUUUUUAUUUAACUCUGUAUUCCUCAGUGUUUUUACUUUGACUCAGUGUUUGCUCGUGUCUAAAAACAAACACUACAUCAUCCUGUUCAGCUCAUGCAUUCAGACCAUUUUAUAGUAAAUUAUAAUUAUGAACCAAAUGUAAAUACACACACACACACACACACAAGUUGUGGAUGGAACAGCUUGCUUAUUGCUGCUAUAAUGUAAGAGACAGCCGGAACUAACUAGUUACACUGAUGUAACUAGAAAUAGAUAAAAAGUGGAUUGCCACAUGCAAAAUGCCAUAUCUAUAUAUCUAUACAUUUUAUUUUUUGGUUUAAUACAUUAUAAAGCACCCUGCAGAUUUUUUUGUAUUUCUAAAAGCAGUGUUCUUAAAAUAUAAUUGCAGUUAUUUAAAGUUAUUAAAGGAAUAGGAAUUUAGUUGUUGUAGAACAAAUCGUCAAACAAUUUACUUACUACAUCUCGUUUACUUAAAAUUAUUUAUUUAAUCAUCAUAAAAUUUUGAAAGCAAAUUACUCUGUAGUAUUAUUACAGAACUCUAUAUAAUCGUAACCUUUUGCCAAGAAAUCUUAGCUCAUUCCUUGAACCAGCACUUUUGAGGACUUUUAGCUAUAAGGAUAUUUGCCAGCUGGAGGCAGAAUGUGGCUCUCAGAUUUAUCCAAAGAGGUGCAAGGUGAAGGAGCCAGCCAAUCAGAAAGCCUAGCCAAUCAGAAGAGCCGGUGGAAAAUCUGUCCUAUGGAAGAGAAGUAAUAGCUAAAGGGAGUCUCCAGCUCAGAGAGACUGAGCGAGACAAGCGACAGUCUUAUUGAGGAAAAGCUUAUUUCUCAGUAAGACUAGUGAGAG